UGGCGCCACCGCGCCACGCCGCCGCCACAUGAUUCUUCUUCUCCCCAAUGAAAACACAAAAUUUUCCCCGCAGACGCGCGGCGGCCGAAACACUCCGCGUCUCCGGCUCUCCGCCGAUCCGAAAUUUCAAAACCAAAACAGGAGACGCCGUCGCCUCCCAAUCUCCCAUAGUCCCAUUUCGACUUCCCACCGAACCGAAAUGUUCCUCAGAUUCCUCCGCGCUCUGGCCCUCCAACAGUUCGCGAAAAUUUUUCGAGCUCGCGAGAUCUUUAAACCCGUCUUCCCUCUGGGCCGAAUUCCCGCGCCAGAAAAGUCUUCUCCUCACCCCAAAUCUCUAAUCUUGACCUCAUCCGUCUCGCCGCCGGCCGUCCAUGGAGAUCGCCGAGAACGGCUUUCCGAGCGGCAGCGCCCGUGACCUGCCGCCCUCGAAGCGAUUCAAGUACGUCGGCGCCCAGCACGGGUCGGCUCCGUGCGUGCUACUGCCGGCCAAGAAGCGCGUGUUCCCGCCGCCGGAGGAGGAGGCCGCCGCCUCCGUUUGCCUCCCGGUAAAGAAGAGGACCGUUGUGGCGCGGCCACCGGAGGAGCCGGCGGCGGCUGUCCCGUUCUGCCUCCCGGCGAAGAAGAGAGCCAUUGUGGCGCCGCCGCCGGAGGACGCGGCCCCGGUGUGCCUCCCCGCCAAGAAGCGCGCCUACGCGACGCCGGCGGAUGCGGUAUUGCCGGCGUGCCUUCCUGCCAAGAAGCGCACGAGUGCGCAGCAUCCGCCAGAUUUAGUUGCUUCCACAUGCGAGCGCGUCCAUGCGCCGGCGCCGCGGGACGCCGGCGCCGGUUCUGCCCCGGUUCCCCUACCGGCCAGCAAGCGCGUGUGCGCGGUGCCGGCGGCGGAUGCGGCUGCUUCGACCUGCGUCGUGGCCAAGACGCGCAUCCUCGCGCCAGGUCCUCGGCAGGACGCCGCGCGUUCCGUCCCGGUGUGCUUACCGGCCAACAAGCGCGUGAUGCCGCCUCCAUCCGUGGAGUCAGAUGGUCCUCGGUUCGGCACUGCCAAAGAAGCCAGGCCUCAAGGAUCCAACAAGCCCGGCGGCGGUGCCAUCAUUCCCAGAGUGGCAAAUGGCACUGAAGGUUGCGCAAGAGGCAAAGAUUUCAAGAAACCGGAGAAGCCCAUCAAUCCUAAGGAAACCCAUGAGCAAGUGUCCAUGAAAACGGGCAGACCAAGAUCUCCAAACAAGUUUAAAGAUCUGGAGAAGAAAGCCAGCAAGACCGUCAAUGGCAAGCAGUCUGGAGUUUUUGCUCGCGGGAAAUCUGACAAAGCGGCUGAUGCCAAAGGAGCAGCACUCAAACAGGAGUCGAUGAAUGGAUCUGCUGAGGUUCGCGCGAGAGGCAAAGAUUUCAAGAAACCUGAGAAACCCAUCAAUCCUAUGGUAACCAAGGAGCAAAUGCCCAUGAAACCAAGCACACCAAGAUCUCCGAAUAAAUCUGAAGAUUUGGGGAAGAAAGCCUGCAAGAUCGUCAAUGGCAAGCAGACUGAAGCUGGGGUUGAAGUGCGCAAGAAAUCCGAUAAAGUGGCCGAUCCGAAGGGAGCGGCACUCGAGGAGUUGAGGAAUUGGGAUGAUGAAGUGGUGCAAGAAGCCGUUGAGGAGGAUGACGGCGUGCUCUGCGCCGUGUGCGCGAGCACUGACGGCGACCCGUCCGACCCCAUCGUGUUCUGCGACGGGUGUGACCUCAUGGUGCACGCCUCCUGCUACGGCAGCCCGCUCGCGCAGGCCAUCCCCGACGGCGACUGGUUCUGCUCGCUCUGCACCGCCAAGAAGAGCAAGCCGGCGGCGCGCCCGAGCUGCUGCCUCUGCCCGGCCAGGGGCGGCGCGAUGAAGCGCACGACGGAGGGGCAGUGGGCGCACAUCUCUUGCGCGCUGCUUGUUCCGGAGGUGUUCUUCCGGGACCCCGACGGCCGCGACGGCGUCGACUGCUCCCUCGUGCCGGCCCACCGGUUCGCCAAGGACUGCUACAUCUGCGAGAGCAACAACGGGUGCGCGCUCGAGUGCUCCCAGCCCAAGUGCGCCCUCGGCUUCCAUGUCUCCUGCGGCCUCGACGCUGGCCUGUGCAUCGAGUACCGGGAGGGGAAGGGCGGCGCCAUCGUCGCCGGCUUCUGCAGGGAGCACACCGAGCUCUGGGAGAAGCAACAACUGACAGGCAAGUACAAGAUUGUGGCAAGAGGGGAGGAAUGAUAUGAUGAAGAGGACAAAGAAUAUGGUCUGCAAUUGCUUUGUAACGCUGAAGAAUGAAGAUUUGCUUGUUAUUACUUAUUGGGAUUUAUGAUCUACGGUUUAGUACUCAAUUCUUCUUUGCUAGAUUGUAGAAACGUUUCCAGAACUCCAGAAGGUUAAAUGCAGAAGCAGAACUGAGAUUCAGAUCUCGAUUUAGAUAAUAUUUUGUGCUUCAAGAGCUGUUGUAAACUGACCAGUUCGGGCCCAACCAGAUCCCGUCAGGGUCAGCUUCAUGCUCGGCGGCCAGCUGCCAUCUCUCCUCCCACUCCUUUUGCUAAUUUUUGCUUCGUGUGAUCAGCUCUGUUCAGUUUCAGCCAAUUGAGCAGAACUGUUCAUCAUUGUUCAAGUUAUAUCUUCCUCCAUGUGUGUUUUCUUUCUUUUUUUGAAUAAAAUGUGUUUCUCAAAAAC